AUUUUAUAUUUAAGAUAUUUAUAUUUUUAAAGGUUGUCAUCAUACAGUACUGAGUGGUGAUAAUGCUGAGUUUCACAUGUAGUUAUAAUAAGUAAAUAGAGUCAGGUCAGAAAGAGAAAGAUGGUCGGUAGGCAGGAGCAGGCCCUAUUAGCAAGGAGAUGGGUCAGAAAAGAUGCCUGCGCUGGACUGCUUUCCCUUUACGUCCCGAAGAAGCACUUGACCCCCCUAAUUGCCAUUGUAGGCCUUUAAUUCGCUCCCUGGGUGUCAGAUUGGUGUCAUCUGUAAUAUGCGUCAGUCAGGCUGUCUUAUCAUGCUGCACACAUGCAUGUCUUCACUCAGAAAGAUAAGACAGCUAGGAAGCUGGGGGGCUAACUGGACGCUGGCAGACAUAUUGUACACCAACAUGUACAGUACACUGAAAUGCAACCGAGCAAUAUUCAACUAUGCAGGUGGCACACACGCAGACAGUGUGCACUUGAGUGCAGGGCCCGGGACAACAGAGCUGCACAAUACAUGUCAGAAAUCGUGCCCCCAGAAGUGAGACCCAAACCCGCUGUCCCUGCCAAGCCGUCUCAUGUGGUUCCGCCAAGUAGCAUCCCUCACGUGCCCUCCCACGGGUCAGGGACUGGAAGCCAGGGGUCAUCGGGAGGAGGCUCCACGUUGCUAGGAUACGUCGGAAUAGACACCAUCAUUGAGCAAAUGAGGAAGAAGACCAUGAAGACAGGCUUUGAUUUCAAUAUAAUGGUAGUUGGUCAAAGUGGCUUAGGGAAGUCCACUCUGGUCAACACUCUGUUUAAGUCUCAGGUGAGCAGGCGAAGCUCUGGCUGGAGCCGGGAUGAGAAAAUCCCCAGAACUGUGGAGAUCAAAUCUGUGUCUCACGUGAUUGAAGAAGGUGGUGUGAAGAUGAAACUGACAGUGAUUGAUACUCCAGGAUUUGGAGAUCAGAUCAACAAUGAAAACUGCUGGGAGCCCAUCUCGAAGUAUAUCAACGAGCAGUAUGAGAAGUUUCUGAAGGAGGAGGUGAACAUUGCCCGAAAGAAACGCAUCCCGGACACACGGGUGCACUGCUGCCUCUACUUCAUAUCUCCAACCGGACACUCGCUGCGGCAGCUGGAUAUUGAGUUCAUGAAGCACUUGGGACGAGCAGUCAACAUCAUCCCCGUCAUCGCUAAGGCGGAUACGCUCACUCCUGAGGAGAAGACUGAGUUUAAACAGAGGGUGAGGAAGGAGCUGGAAGUGUGUGGGGCUGAGUUUUAUCCACAAAAGGAGUUUGACGAGGACAUGGAAGACAAGAGUGACAAUGAUAAGAUCAGGGAGACCAUGCCCUUUGCAGUAGUGGGAAGUGACAAAGAGUACCAAGUCAACGGCAAACGAGUUCUGGGGAGGAAGACCGCCUGGGGUAUAGUAGAAGUGGAGAACCCGAAUCACUGCGAAUUCUCACUACUACGGGAUUUCCUGAUCAGGUCUCACCUUCAGGACCUAAAGGAGGUCACCCAUAACAUCCACUAUGAGACGUACCGAGCCAAAAGGCUCAACGACAACGGAGGACUCCACCCCAUCUCCUCCAGCAGCGACACACAGGAGAGCAACCUGUGAGAGUAGGCAAUGCUGAUAGGGUCUAAUCUUCAGUGGAUAAAUACGUCAGCGCAUGCUCUGAGGAUCUCGUUGCUGUGGAGUUCUUGUCUUAACGCUUUUUUGUUUUUGAACCUCCAAUUUGUCUUUGCUUCUCCUCACAGAAAGUUUCCUUUGUAACACUCAUUGGCUUCACAACAGCACACUGUUUUCAACCUAAGAGGAGGCAGACAGAUCUACCUGAACUAACUCUGAAGUAAAUUUGAGGGAUGCAGCCAUGUGUGAAAAUUGAUGAACAAAUUACUAAAAUCUACCUAGAUGGUCUUUGUACAAAGAUUUACGCUGCAUAAAAUACAAACAUUUUAGCGCAGGAGUCAGGCCUGUCACCAUAAUUCAUUUAAUCUCUUAUUAUACAAUAUACGAACAUGACCGCUAUCACACUAUUAUGUCUAUUAUGUUUUUUUAACAAGGAGAGCCUUGCAAUUAAUGCUUAGAAAUUAAACGUAAGGUCGUAAGUACAUUUUUAUGAUAUAAUCUUAUCAUUAUAACAGUGGCUUAAAUGCUAUUAAAUUGACAAUAAUAUCAUGUAUAUCAUGUAAAAACAUUUUUGGGAAAACAUAUCUUCCACACCAAAAGAGAUCAUUUGACAGGCCUAGCAGUAGCCCAGUAAUAACACUAAACAUUGCAGCACAUACAGACUACAAUAAUCAAUAAGCAGGUCGUCAUAUAUAAGUUUGGAAUAUUCAAACUGAUAGGCCAGUCUAAAUAUUUUUUUAAAUCUGUUUCAAUGCCAAAAUAUUUUUUUAAACAGUCAUUUUGCCAUCGAUAAUGUCAAGUCAAGAGGAAUUUAUUACAUUUACAUUUUACAUUUACAUUUUCGGUAUUUAGCAGACGCCCUUAUCCAGAGCGACUUACAACAGUGCUUCAAAGUUACUUAAGAUAUCCAAAGCUAGUUUGUAGACUAGGAUCAAGAGAUACAUAGAACUUAAUCAUGUUUAGAACCCUAGGAACCUUUUUUUGUAUUUUUUUUUUUUUUUUUUUAGUUUAGGAACUCUUUAAAAAAGAUGUGUCUUCAGUCGACGUUUGAAGACCGCGAGUGACUCUGCUGUUCUGACAUCCAGUGGAAGUUCAUUCCACCACCUUGGUGCCAGCACAGAGAAGAGUCUGGAUGUCUGUUUUCUGUGUGUUUUGAGUGAUGGAGGUUCAAGCCGAGCCGUACUGGAAGCUCUAAGAGCUCUUGGUGCAGAUCUGGCUUUGACCAUCCCCAUCAUUAUUAUUACAGUGUAACGAAAUUACAAACUAUCCAAACAGAGGAUUAACUACAACACUACAAUAAAAACAGCAGACAUUAGACAGUUUAACAGACAGUUCAGGUAUACUUUCAGCAACAAGCGUAAACAAAAAAGCACAGAGCCGCCACAGCUUACCACUUAACAACAGCCAACAGUAAGUAGGCCCCUACCUAAUGCAGUUACCACCAUAUGAAUAAGUAACUACACUGCCAUUCAAUUGCACAGAUAUAGGGGUCCAAACACUUUGUCUAAUAUUCUUUUCAGCUUUUAUAACCCUAGACUUUAUUCUCUAUUCUUAACCUGCCAUACAAAAUCAGGUAGUAACAAAGUGUGAGUUUACAAGCCUGAACAGAGUUCUACUGAUGUGAAUUUUAGAGCACUGUUUACACCUGGUCACUUCAUGUGGAUUGAGAUUUAUAUAUCAGGGUUAUAUCUGGAUAAAAGCAAACUGUGUAAACAAUUGUGUAAAAGAUACAAAUUCCAUCACUUAAACCACUUCAAGGGGUGUGAUUUAAGACCCUGUUUACACCUAGUCUGUAUCAGGAUUUUAUUCUGAUAACAUUUGAACCACAUUCAUUUACUUUUUUUUUUUCUUCAAAUUUGUAAGGGGUAAUAGUACAAAAAUAAGGGCUCUGAGUGGUCCAACAGACACUAUGAUUGGAAGAUCGCUAGUUCAAUUCCUGUUUAUGUAGCUUGCCAUCAGCUGCCGGAGCCCCGAGAGAGCACAAUUGGCCUUGCUGUCUCUCUGGGUGGGUAGAUGGCACUCUUUCACCUCAUCACUCCAAAGGGUGAUGUCAAUCAGCACGAGGCGUCUGUGAGCUGAUGUAUCAGAACUGAGUUGCUGCGCUUUCCUCCAAGUGUGCUUGCUAUUUGGCAAUGCUGCAUCAGCAGCAGUUGGAAAACAGGUGGUGGUUGAUGUGUCGGAGGAGGCAUGUGCUAGUCUUCACCCUCCUGGUGUUGGGUCAUUACUAAUUAGCAGGUUUUUGCAAAAAUCUUAGCCUGUGACUAGUCUGUAACUUGUCUUAAGAUGUGAGAGGGUGUCAGACUAAAGUCUAUUAAAAGUCUUUUCAGAGUCCUUUCAGAGUAUAAACCGAGGCACAUUUCACUAACAAAUUUGUAAAAAAAAAUUUUAUUUGUAAAUAAAGCCUAAUCAAGAUACAAUCCAGAUUCUAGUCACACAUGAAGUGUCCAGGUGUAAACUGUUCUCAGUGACUUCCUAAUAGACCAUUACUAAAAUCAACAGUAGGGCAGGAACAUGCCUCACUCUUUAAACUUGCACUUCUUGAACAUUUUCCUUGAUAAAACAGACAUUAUUCUCUUUUUCGACUCUAUUUCAGGAAUUUCACUCUAUCUUGUACUAGAGUAGCACACUAAGCACUGAGUAGAUUUUUCUCUAAACACUUAAACUUACUUUUGAAGAUUUACCCCAAAAUAUUUUGUAUAGAAGCAUUUCUCUUUUAAUUUUUUAGGUCCUUUGUCCAUGUGUGUGUGUGUGUGUGUUCAUAUGUGUGUGUAUGAGAUGAAUGAAAGAGAAUGUGCCUUUAUAAUUUUUCUGUUAAAUCAAUCUCCAUAUCUAUUUUUUUUUUACUUCAUGUGUGCCAAUGUUUUUAUCAGUAUGCAUGUAAAUAGCUGGUACAAAGGUGUUGCGAAAUGUUUUCGUUUACAAUGGUGUUGUUAACCACUGGAUAUUACAAAGCACAGAUCAGAACAAACUUUCAGUUCCUUUACAUACCCGAGGCACUUCAGCGCUGAAGGUGCACAAUAUCACUAGCUGUUGAUCUCUUAUCUCAUAUCAAUUCACAAUUCACACAGUGACGUCUCUAAACCCUUAACUCUGCAUACAGAUACCUCCUUAUUUAUUUAAUAGCAUUUAUUUCCUCAUUAAUGCUUUUUUGUGGAAUAUUAAAUACAUUUUAGUAUUAUGGCAAAGUAUUGUUUUUAUGUUAUUUAUUACAUUUUUAUUUAAUAAAGUGUUUCCAUUGGU